GACCAUCUCCAACAGAUGGGUCUUUUGCCAUCUGGACACCCAACGGGUAUUUUUGACCGACCAAACCAUUCUCCAACAGAUGUGCUUUUUACACGUGGAUUUGACAUCCGCCUCUCCUCUGUCAAAAAUGACAGAAACCAUUGAAGCUGUCUUUUAAUUUUUUAUUGUUUCUUUCUCUCACUCUCUCUCACACUCUCUUUCCUUUUCACGGCUUUCUUCCUCUCCUCUCACCAGAACUUCAAGCUUCCAUUAAAAAAUCACCCAGAACUUCAAGCUUCAAUCUUCCUCUUCUCAAGAUUCUUUUCUCUUCUUAGGAUCAUGGAUCAAGAGAAUUCAGCUUCAUCUUCAGAUGGUGCAGAUGAGAAAUUUUGGGAUCUUGCCAAUUCAUCAUCAGACGAAGACUUGAUGAAUCUACAGAUUGAAGCUCUACAAGAGAAGGGGAGAAGAAGACGUCGGGGCUCAAUUCCUGGUCGCAUAUAUAAAAAUAGACAACGACUGCAAGGCCACGAAACACUGUUCAAAGAUUAUUUUGUAGAAAAUCAUGUUCAUGAAGAAGGUGUAUUUCGGAGAAGGUUUCGGAUGCAUCGAGCUCUUUUUCUUCGAAUUCUAGCUGCAGUAGAAGCUCAUGACUCAUAUUUUGUUCAAAAAAGGGACUCAGCAGGACGUCUUGGGCUAUCAUCUCUACAAAAAGUUACCGCUGCAAUGAGGAUGCUUGCGUAUGGAAUUGGGGCAGAUGCUGUGGAUGACUAUCUUAGAAUCGGUGAAAGCACUGCAAUUGAAGCUAUGAAAAGGUUUGUCCAAGCUGUUAUCUCUGUAUUUGGAGCUGAAUACUUAAGAAAGCCAACUUCUGAUGAUAUUUCCAGAUUGCUAUUGAUUGGUGAGAGUCGUGGAUUUCCUGGAAUGCUUGGCAGUAUCGAUUGUAUGCACUGGAAGUGGAAGAAUUGUCCGGUUGCAUGGAAAGGUAUGUUUUCUCGUGGAGAUCAUCGUGAACCUUCAUUGAUUCUUGAAGCUGUUACUUCACACGAUCUUUGGAUAUGACAUUCUUUUUUUGGAUUACCAGGUUCUUAUAAUGAUAUUAAUGUCUUAAAGCAUUCGCCUUUAUUUGCUGACCUCCGUGAAGGUCGAGCCCCUCCAGUCACUUAUAAGAUCAAUGAUCAUGAAUACACAAUGGGAUAUUAUCUAGCCGAUGACAUAUAUCCUUCGUGGGCUACUUUUGUCAAAACCAUUCCAUGUCCACAAGGAGAGAAAGCAAAGAAUUUUGCAAAAGCUCAAGAGGGAUGUCGGAAAGAUGUAGAACAAGCAUUUGGAGUGCUGCAAGCACGUUUUGCAAUUGUUCGUGGACCGGCUCGUUGUUGGGAUCGUGAAACACUUCAAAAGAUCAUGAAAGCAUGUGUUAUAAUGCACAACAUGAUUAUUGAAGAUGAACGAGUUGAGCGUAUUGCACACGAUGAUCUUGAAACUCUUGCAAGGCAAUAUGCUGAACCAGAUAUGGAAAUUGAUGAUUUUCUUGUUUCACAUAAUCACACAAUAGAGUUUGAGGAGUUUAUCAGCAAUCAUUUGCGAAUUCGUGACAGGGGAACACAUACUAUGCUCCAAGCAGAUCUAGUUGAGCACUUGUGGCAACAUCACUUGGCUAAUAUCAAUAAUUGAGGCAGUGGAGUGAGAGGCGAAGUCAAACAAUUUAUGGUGAAACUGCGUUCCUUCAUUUUGUUGUGAGCAGCUGGUUG